UUUUUCUUCUUGGUUCUACAACAUUCUCUACGCUUAUUGGCUGUUCGUUUUUCGAUUUAACGAUAACAAACAAACAAGCAAACAAUUCCUACAGAAUAAAGUUGGUAGUCAAGUUGAAGUUGACUCACUAUUUUCCCACACAACUAGAUCCCUUCUGCUAGCGUGUAAUACCUCUAUGUCAUUGUUUAUAAAGAUGUUUGCUCGGUGUUCUUGGUUCUCCUGUAGUACCCUCGGAUUCAGGAAGAAUGCGAUGUUUUAUAGCGUGCAGCAAACCAUUAAAAGUUUGCCAACUGAUUAACUUCCUCAGCAGCUGUGUAGAACUUGGAACCACAGUAAGGUCCUGUACUAUGCUGAUUUUCCUUAAAAAUGGCCAGGUCUUUGUCUUGAAUUGUUUACUUCACAGAGAUAAGCAUUAUGUCGGUUACCUGCUCUAAACGUAGCCCUCGUCUGUUCGUUUUAUGUACUUCAGUCGUGUUUGUCUGAAAAUAAAUUCAAACGCUUAGUUUUAUCUGUGUGUUUACUGAUCUUUUGCUGCAUUUGGGCCGAUUUACUGCCUGAUAUGCUUGCAGCAUGGUGUACAGAGAUACUGUAGAUGAAGUGAAAUAACAUUCUAAAGUGAAAAUUUCCAACCAACGGGUUAAAAUUGAUUAUGUCGGUCUUCUAAUGGUUUUACUCAUCCCUGUACCUAUGAUAGAUUUGGUAGUCGGUAGAGGUUCCUUGUUGAUCCAUCUUUGUUCUCCAAAAGUUUUGUGGAUGUCCAUGAUGUUUUGAUCUUGAGAAGUAGGUAAAAAAGCAUAUUCGCGCGCUAUAAUCAAAAUGUUAUGGAUGCCGGAGCACUGCAGUGCGUGAUGUUGCUCAUUCAUGUGCCAUGGUGUGAUGAAAGUUCGAGAGGAUGUCAUCGCAGUAUGAUAAAUAACAAGUAAGAAAUCAGUACAAAAUGCAACAUUAUGUAUAUGGACAACAGCUUGUCGUUAUUUGUUUAACCCUCCAGAGAUUUCCAACCUAUGUCUGUUCCCAUUCUCAUGAGUGGUCGUAUACCUCCCAUAUCCCCUCGCAGUAUUCCCUAAUUAAAAUAACUAGUCUCUGUGAUUGUGGUCAAAGUUCACGUAGCCUCAGUAAUCAUAACUUCAGUGGGAUCUUACUGUGUCCAACAUUAUACAAUGGCUAAUUCGAGGUCAUGUAUUUGCUUCGCAGCGAUAAAGAUCGAAUUAAGCUAACGCUAUAAUACCAGUUCAGAAUGCUAACAACUUGGAACGAGUCUAAACUGUGGCUAUUUCAAAUUCACCAACAUUGAGGAAAUGUUUGUCAAUUGUUAAUUAUGGCUAAAAUUUCCAAUCGUAAACCACCAAAAAAUGUCCAUUCAUCUUUGGAGUGGGAUUUCCAAAAUGGUGAUCCCAACUCCAUGAGUGAUCCUUACUGGUCUUGGUCAGAUGUCUAUCGAUACCAGAGAACCAAUAGUGUUCAAGACAACCGUGUUAAAGUUGUAGUAUCCGUAGAACAAACUUUGUACGACGUUGCUGAAUUGCUGGAAAGACGGUUAGGGAUUUGUCUCUCCGGCUGCCAAUUUUACCUUCAAGAUCGUAUCAAGCUUCGUGGAGAGUCACCAUUGGUCGAACAUUGUGUUGAAAUAUCCGGUUUGGUUCAGCUAUUGUUAGAAGUAAAGACAGCACAUGAAGGUUAUCCUUUCCGACUCAAUGUUGUUGACAUUCAAAUCCCAGAAUCAGUUGAUCAUCGUGGUUCUAACUCCAACGCGCAAACUGAGAAAUGUAAACGUUCAAGUGUGUCCAAAGCAUCAGUACAACAGGCGUCUAGUACAAACCCAUCAAAAAACGAAGAAUUAAAGAAUGACAGCAUUAUACCGGAUUCAAACAGGCCAACAAGUCCUAAACCGGAAUGUAUAUCUCCUCUUACAGUUGCAGCAGCAGUGGCUGCAGCAUCUGACAUUGCGGCAGGUGGUUCUGGUGUACUGGAGUCAAAACCAGCUCUGAAUGAAAGUGAUACAAUACCUGAUGAAUCUGUUGUUUCUGAAGCAUGCGCUAUUCCUGAUAUGAAUUUAUCCCAAAGUCCUUAUUUAGGAUCUCAGCUAGAACCUGGUGGAGUCCUUGGUAAUUACGAUUUAGAAAGCUUGUCUAGAUGGGUUCCUGAUGGUCAUUACCAUCGCCUAAUGGAAAUGAAUGAUAUCCCACGCGACCCUAUUGAAUGGAAUUCAACACAGGUUAUUAUGUGGAUAAAUUGGGCUUGCAAACAAUUCAGGAUUGAUGGUUUAAAAAGCGAAAAGUUGUUCAAUAUGCCUGGAUCUCGUAUGUUUGUUCUGACACCAGACGAUUGGCGACGUUUGGUUCCCAAUGCCAAUGUAAAUUUUCUCACUCAUUUGGAGUUACUCAAACGAUGCCGAAAUGUUUGUGUUCCUUAUCGUCCUCAACCUCCACAACCAAUCGCAAAACAACCUCAAAAGUUAUACAGACAGAUGUCCCGAUCUCGUUUUCGCAGCUCAAGAAACCUAACAGAAGCAAACUCAAGCAGAAGUUUCGGUGGAAGCAUAGUGUUUGCUCCGUCGUUCUCUGGAGCGUUAAACAUAUAUGACGUGAAAAAUGGCAAUUCACGGAUGAUGACUGCGAAGCCAAUCUUUUUGUCACGUGGUGACGCAAAUGGUGGUGUACCGAGAUCUGCAACAAUGACGUUACGUUCACUUAGCGGCGAAACAUCUAGUCUAAAUUCAUCCGGUAACACAAGUGAUGUGUGUGAAGCAUCUUCGGGUCGCCAAUUGAUUCAAGGUUCAUUUAUACUAACACAAAAUGGAAAUAGUUUUCUACAAGGACCACCUAAUUCUCAGUCGUCAGCUGCCGCUGCAGCAGCAGCAGCAGCUGCUGGUCAGGUUCAACUGUGGCAAUUCUUACUUGAGUUGCUUACAGACUGGAGAUACCGUGAGGCUAUUCACUGGACAAGUGAUGACGGCGAGUUCAAGUUAAGUAACCCUGAACAAGUGGCAGCCAUGUGGGGUCAUCGGAAAAAUAAACCUGCUAUGAAUUAUGAGAAGCUAUCUCGAGCAUUGCGUUACUAUUAUGAUGGUGAUAUGAUUUCAAAGGUUCAUGGAAAACGCUUUGUUUAUAAAUUCAUCUGUGAUUUAAAAACUCUGUUGGGUUUUUCAGCGGGUGAGCUUUAUAUGCUGGUGAAAAGUUGUGCUGAAAAGCAUUCACAUCUUAGCAAAAAACGGCGUGUUACCCCUGGGGUAGCAUAUUCUUCAGUAAAUAGUCAUGCUUUAUCAGUAUUUCCUGUUGACGAUGGUGCUUUGUUACCAAUGGGCACAGAACAUGCUCGUCCUCUCGGUUUCUUAAGUCGAUCUGUACAGCGGAUUGUAAAUCCGGUAUACUGUCUGGAUAUGGUUACACCAUCUGAUCCUCUUUCUUAUAACGGUGCAUUUCCACCCACAUGUCGUAUCAGACAGCUGAUCAAGUCUGAGAAUGGAGUGCACAAUAAUACACCAGAAAGACAGUUGAGCAGUUCAUCCGUUCGCCAGCCACUGCAGCAGAAACGAUUUUCUGACGUACAGCCAAGCACAAUGAAUGUUGACAAUAUUGUCAUCGAAAGGAACGCUGUCAACCCCGAAGCUUCUGAUGUUGAAAAUCCAGAAAAUAACCGUUCAUGUGCUCCCACAAGUCCUUGGCGUUUACGCCGUCGUUGGUGGGCUCGCAAUCCAUUAUCUGGUAUUUCCCCAGUUACUUCUCCUCCUUACUCAUCUGUUCCAUUCUGUGACCGUCCAUCUUCAGACGCUACACGACAACACGACGACGUUUCUGAUCGUUUUAUUGGUUCGUGUACACCUUCAGCUGGUUCAAGUGCUCAGUUUAGUCAUUCUCACUUUCAAGUUGAUGAAGAUUGGGUCGCUGCUGCAGCUUUAACAGAAGAUAUGGCAAACGAAUCAUCCCUUAGUUCAUCUCACUCAAUCACAAGCCCAUUUCACUCAAACAGAAUUUCUUCUCUUCCACAAUCUUCCAUUUCUGCUGCUUCUGUCACUGGUUUUGAUGAAGGAGAAAUAGCCUCAGCUGCUGCGUCGUUACUCAGUCAGACAGGUCAGUCGGACUCAUCUUUGCUGAUCGACCAACCGACUAGUAACCCUAAAAAUCGAAAAUUAUCCUCAUUUACCUUAACUGAUUAUCAACGUGAGACAAAGGAAUUGAAGGAGAAAAUGAUGUCUGUGUUGAAGACACCAUAUUCAACACACUAUUAAAUCAUUCAUCAAGUAUCAAAUCUAUGUCUACUGGUCAGUCGCCUGUACUCUCUCAUAGUCCUGUUUUAUCAUCUACCUAUAAUCAAGCCAUUGACAUCGAUGCCUUUUGGCGCAUUAAAUAUGUUAGUGCAUAAUAAAUCCAAUGAAGUUCAUCUUUUCUUCACAUCUAUUGGAUAUUAUUAAUCUAAUUUGUAUCAUAGUUGUAUGUAUUCUUACCGAAAAGAUGUUUUAUGAUUUUUACUGUGAAAGAAAUCAAAUAAUCACUCAUUCUUUAUUUUUUAUCUUUUACCACUUUUUUGUUUACAGAGUUGUCUUUCUUUUCUUAUGAAAUAUUUUCUCAGGUUUUUAAUCAUUUGUGUGAAAUGUUACAAAACACCAUAUUAUUGUUUAUGCAUGUGUACAGUCUAUUAUUUUACGUAUAUAUAUAUAUAUAUAUAUAUAUAUAUAUAUAUAUAUAUAUAUAUAUAUAUAUAUAUGACUGCAAUUUUGCUUGCUCUUGUACAAAAUCACUCACCUGUGAAAUCGAAAUAAUCCGGCGUUAAUCCGUAACAUUUGUUAUACACAGCAUUUCUGUUGAGGUAGAAAUUUGUUUCUCUCUCUCAAUGUUUGAUUUAACUUCCGAUGUUCUAUGUGUAAACAUUCCACUCACGUUAAUCACUUAACUUGUUCAGAUGUUCUGUAUGGCGAUAAUGACUUAUAAAGGUAUCAAUAAUUUGUGAAUCUCAAUUCUCUCUGACAGCGUCUCCUAGCUGCAUAGAUUUAUAAUGAUAAUAAUAAUAAUUAUUAUUUAGUUUUCACUGUGAACUUUUCAUAACACAUGCAUUUCAAAUUUGCCACAGUUUUUUCUUCUUCAAAACAGUGAAACAAUGAACCAUUUUUAUGAGACACUGUCAGUUUGACCUUCCUCUUCAUUACAUACUCAUGUCCUCCAUAUCUGAAGAAUGUACCAACUGUAAUAAACAACCUUUCAGUCCUCAUACAAUAUUAUUUUGUACAUUUUUUUUUAUUACAAAGAUUCAUUUUUAUAUAUUUGUACCGGCGUGCUUUAUUUACUGUUUAUUAUUGUUUAAUUCAUUUUUCAAACUUGUUUGUGUUUCUUUUUGCAUAUAAGUGAAAGUUUAUUUGCAUUUUGGUAAUUAUGCUACUUAGAAUGAGAAGUAGUACGAUCUGUUUAAAUUCAGUUGAAUGCAACCAUCUGAAGAAAAAAAUUGAAUGUUCAAAGUGUGUAGUAGUGCAUGUAGUUUGAAGUGUAUAGUUUGUAUUAUUUGGAAGGUGGUUGGAGUUUUCCUCAUCGCGAUAUAAGUAACUAAAAUAAAAGAAUUUGGAUCAAGUAGAUUUAUCAUUGAAACCUAGAUAGUGUAUCUUGUCUUUAUGCAAAUGUAAUUAACAUCAGAGUGAAAUUGUUUGGUUAUUUGGUUCAGACUGUUUACUUUCACCGGGAUCCAUAUACAAUCAGAGUAAUUGUUUGUAACAUCCUUGUUAAUUUGCUGUCUUUAUAAUGAGCUAAUGAUGAAAAUUAGCAGAAUAAAUAAC